AUGGGGUUUAUGGAUCGAAAGAUUGUUCCUUCAUCGGUAACUUACAAACCGUUGCUGGUCGAGUCGAAAAAUAGCCUUGUCUUCGAUGCAUCCGUGUCUUCCAAGCCGGUUACGUGGAAUCAGAACGCUCGCCUUUGGAAUGGUGGGAUGUGCGACGAGGAUGAGCUACGACAGUUACAUCUCGAUGGCGUCGACCUGUCUUCCGAGGGAAAUGAGUGGUGCAAUGCAUUGUCCUCUUCAGUGCAAAAACUUCAGGUGCUGGGCAUGUCUAACUGCUUUCUCUCUGGUCCUGUUGACUCUUCCCUCGUGAAUCUUCAUCAUUUGUCAUUCAUUCAACUCAACGGCAACAACCUGUCAACCCCGGUUCCUAAGUUCCUGGCCAGAUUCACUAAUCUGACUACUCUGCGUCUGAGUUAUUGUGGGUUGUAUGGAGAGUUUCCUAGUAAAAUCUUUCAGGCGCAGACACUUCAGAUCCUUGACUUAUCAGGCCACCAACUUCUUCAGGGUCCUUUGCCCAAUUUUCCAGAGGAUAGUUCUCUUGAGACUCUGGUCCUGACUUACACGAGUAUUUCAGGGAGGCUUCCAGAUUCAAUCGGUUCAGUUCCUUCCUUCAGUAUGUCCAAGAAUCAGAGACAGAUUGUGCUAUUCCGCAAUGCUCCAACAGGAGAGAUUAAGUCCACCCGAUGGGCAGAACUUAUAAGCCUUGUAUAUCUAGAUCUGUGGUACAACUCAUUGGAGGGCAGCAUUCCCUGGUCUCUAUUUAUACUUCCUUCGGUCAAGAUCAUAAAAUUGUCCGACAAUCAGUUUUCUGGUGAGCUGAGUGGGUCUCUAAAUGUCACUUGCUAUCAACUAACUCUGCUUGAUUUGAGCAGCAACAAUUUAGGGGGGCCCAUACCAGCGUAUGGUUUUGAACUUCGAGGGCUUGGCUAUCUCUCACUUUCUUCUAAUAAUUUCAGUGGCUCAUUGCACAUUGAUGCGUUUCAGCGGCUCAAGAACCUUACGUAUCUCGAUCUUUCCCACAAUCGUUUGUCAAUUAAUGCUACUGCUUCCACUUCUGCUAUGUUUGGUUUCCCCACUCUAUACACUUUAAAGCUGGCUUCCUGUCAGCUGAGUUCAUUACCUGAAUUCUUGGAAAAUCAACCAUUACGCUAUCUAGACCUCUCCGACAAUCAAAUUCAAGGAGAGAUACCAAAAUGGAUAUGGGAGAGUAAACUUCUUUCUUAUGUCAAUCUUUCUUUCAAUUUCUUCGAUAAAUUGGGAGAACCUUUACCUAAUCUCACUUAUACUUUGUCUGUUAUUGACCUCCAUAGAAACUAA